GGAAAACUUAAUUUAUAGUUGGUAUAAUUCGUUUUGGUUAUAUGAAAUGCGGGCCACAUUUUCGUCCAAAUUCGAUUUUCUAACUCAAAAUUUAACUAAAUGGUAGGAAUUGUAUGUCUCAUAGUUAUUUGAAAGAUGGGUUUUGAAAAGGCUACAUUAGGUAUCUUGGAUUACAUUCUGAUUACCAUCAUGCUUCUGAUAUCGUCGGGUAUCGGAUUGUACUUUCGAUUUUCGGGCGGCAAACAGAAAACGACGAACGAAUACCUCCUAGCUGGAAAGAACAUGCCCAUUCUACCUGUUGCUUUCUCUAUCAUGGCUUUCUAUCUGUCCGCGAUUUCAGUUAUUGGAACGCCAGCAGAAGUGUACAUGUUUGGAAUUCAUUUACUUUUUUCGAACAUUGUUUACCCUGUAGGUGUAUUGGCUGCGUCGUAUGUUUGCCUCCCUGUCUUUUUCAAAAUGGGUGCAUGCACCGCAUAUGAAUACUUAGAAAAACGAUUUGGAAAAUUGACUAGAACUUUUACUUCUGUGGUGUUCAUUUUGCAAACGAUUCUUUAUAUGCCUAUAGUUUUAUACGCCCCAGCUCUCGCUUUAAGUGCUGCGACGAAUUUAUCUACAUGGACAUCUGUUUUAUCUGUGGGUACGGUUUGCACUUUUUAUUGUACUUUGGGAGGGAUGAAAGCUGUGCUGUGGACUGAUUUGUUCCAAGCGUUGCUCAUGUUCAUUGGAAUCUUCGCAGUUCUUAUCACAGGAUUUUCGAAUAUUGGAUUCAGCGAAGUUUUCAGAGUUGGUUAUGAAGGUGGCAGAAUUGUUGUGCCAGGGUUUAGCCUAAAUCUAACUGAGAGAUAUACAAUUUGGAAUGUCUUUUUAAAAGGUUUUAUUAUGUCGUUAAUAACCUUUGGUGCAAAUCAAAUUCAGAUUCAGAGAUUGCUUACAUUGAAAAACAUUUCCCGCUGUCGAAAAACACUUUAUUUGGGCAUUGCUUUUUACACUUUGUUUCACGGCUUCACCUAUAUUGUUGGCCUUGUGAUCUACGCACAUUACAAUAAAUGUGACCCCCUUACAGCUCCUAACAAACCCAUAUCUGCUGCAGAUCAGCUUUUGCCGUACUAUAUGAUAAAUGUCCUGGGUGCCAUUCCUGGAUUGCCUGGUCUUUGCAUUUGUGGAGUGUUCGGUGCUGCUCUCAGCACGGUAUCAUCCGCAAUGAAUUCUCUGUCCGCUGUCACCAUACAAGAUCUAGUGAAACCUUUUCUCAAGUACAAAAGAUAUUCGGAAAAAACGAUGACGCUCUUUGCCAAAGUUUUAACUCUUUUCUUCGGUAUCCUUUGCAUCCUGAUGACAGUUAUGGCAGACUCCUUAGGCAACUUAAUUCAGGCGGCUUUCACUGUCUAUGGAAUGUGCGGAGCUCCGAUUCUUGCUGUCUUUCUACUUGGGAUGCUCACCACCAGGACAAAUGAAAAAGGAGCCUUAAUUGGACUUUUGUCUAGCCUGUGUAUGACAGCUUGGGUUAGUUUUGGAGCAUCAGCCAGAAGAGUAAGACCAAAGAUCUUGCCACUCUCUACAGAAGGCUGCAUUGCAAAUUCUUCUUUGUUUAAUACAACAUCAUCAUCCAUUCUUAGUGCUACUAUGAUGUCAAUGCUUCCAGAAACUUCAACGCUCACUACUACAUCUGCUAUUCCCAAAAUAAGAACAGAAAAUCCGCCCAUUUUCCCACUGUACAGGAUAUCUUACAUGUGGUACGCACCAUUCGGCUUAUUAAUUGGACUGACAGUUGGGUACAUUUCCAGUAUUAUCAUCAGUCGUAUUACUGGUGAAUAUCCUGAUGUUGCAGAUGAAUUUGUAAGCCCUGUGCUAAUCAACUUUACUAGUAAAAAGAAAAGUUUCAAAGAUCAAGGAAUUGAAAUUCAAGCACAAGAAGAAGCGGAACACUUGACCAAUGGCGUAUCAAUUCACCACACAGCAAUUUAAAGUGUAAAUGAAUGAAUGGUUAUCAUCAUCAGAUCAUGAAUAAUCAAUAAUCAUUGUUUCUACGUUUUAUCUUCA